AUGAAUUCAAGUAUGCGCUCCAGCCAGUCCUCCUACGGGGACUCGCGGUAUCCAUCGAAUAUGAGCAUAAACGCCUCCGAUGCUCCAGGUCCGGUGCCGCCGCUUGGAAAGACACUAGUGGACGGGUAUCGAGAUACUCUAGACCCCCAACAUGAGGACCGGUCGCGGUACAACCCUCUCAAUCCGGACCACCCGCGAAGCUCGGCUCUCCUUAAUGCCAACGACCCCGUGGCCAUGUACAUGUUGACCGAGACCGCGAUAGGAGAUAGCACGAAUUACGAAGUCCUGUCCUUGGAAGAGGUGGAAGAGCUGAAGAAGGAAAUGACACUGCUGUCCAUUCGCAUCCAGGGCACGAAGCGGAAACUGACGGUCGAAACAAAACUGCGUGAUGCGGCGCAGUCUCUCGGUAGGCUCUACAGCCCGCCCAGUCCACGGAGCAGCGGCGAAUACAAUACCAAUGGUGGUUCGAACUCGAACCGGAUGAGCCGGGGCAUAUUUGGUCGCAGUGGGGCUUCUGAGGCCCUCGAAAAGAGCGACUCCGAACUCGCGGUCAGCCAGCGACGAUGUGAGGAGUUGGCGCAGGAACUCUGGAGGCUGGAGAAGAGGUCCCAGACGAUCUGCCAGCGCUUGCUGGAGCACACUGCGGGUGUCUUGCAGAUGACACACAAGGGUCUGAAGAAGGGCCGUAAGAGCCCUGCUCCGAGCACUUCGGAUAGCACCUAUGACAAAUUCGACGAUCGCAGUCUCUACCGGACAACUGAGAAUUUGGAUAACUUUGGCUUGAACGGGAAGAUCGAGACCAACGCGGCCGUCGUAAUGAAUACCGAGGCUAUGCAGGCUACAGAACGACGAUUGGAGGAACUAAGCGCGCGCAUGCAUAACAUGAUGAUACAGUCCAACCCCGGUGAAUCCAUUGACCCUCCCCCGCAGCUGUCAGAGGAUGGAGGGCCUGUCAAUCCUACAGCAACGGUCGACGCUCACUUGGACUAUAUCAAGAAUAACAUGGAUAAUAUCGUCUUGCACAGGGGAAACGUUCCUGCUCCCGUGGCUUCUCGCGAUAUCGUACCUGAAGUCGAGUACGCUUGGAAGCACCAACUCACCGAAAUCAACAAUCGAGUGCAAACCAUUGUUGAUCGGUUUGGUUUGACCCGUUCGCCCACCUUGCCUCCACCCCCUGAUGCAUCUCACGGUGAGGGGCUGGAAGAACAACUCUCAUACCUUCAAGCUGGUGUAGAUGGUCUGGAAAGUCGAGUGGAUGGAGUACUUGAGCAGAAGAGUAUUCUGACCACACAAAUCCAGCAGCAACGCGAACUCAACUCCAAGUCGGAUGCCGAACGCGAUGCCCAGAUCGGAGAACUGACGGAACAGUUGACCCAAGUUCGCAAAGAGCUCGAAGUAUCCGAGCGUGAAAACAACGCCAACCGCGACGAGCUGGCUCUUGUCAUGGCGCAGCUCAACGAAAUGCGCCACAGUGGCUCUUCUCAGGAAGAAGCCAAGGCGACUCUGGUUCAAGCCGAGGGCGAAGUCGCGCGCUUGCAAAGCGUUAUUACCUCGUUGCACAGCGAAGCUGAUGCCAGGACCAACGAAGUUAGCGAUGCCCGGGAUGCCCAGGAUCAAGCAGAGGCCGAGAUUAAGCGCCUAGAACAAUACAUCGACGAAGUGCAGAGAGACAACGAUACUAAGGCCGAGGAACUCAGUGAUUCCCGCGACCGCGCAGAAGGCGAGGCCAAGCGUCUACAGGCCGUCAUUGCGUCGUUGGAGAUUGAUACCGACGCUAAGAGCCAAGAGGCCAGAGAGGCCCGCGACCGUGCGGAAGACGAAGUCAAGCGUCUAGAGGUCGUCCUUUCAUCAUUGCAAAAUGAUAAUGACACUAAGAGUGAAGAGGCCAAAGAAGCCAGAGAGGCCCGCGACCAUGCGGAAGACGAAGUCAAGCGUCUAGAGGUCAUCAUUGCGUCGUUGCAGAAUGACAAUGCCACUAAGGGUGAAGAAGCAAGAGAAGCCAGAGAGGCUUGCGACCAUGCGGAAGACGAAGUGAAGCGCCUACAGGUCCUCAUUGCAUCGUUGGAGAAUGAUACCGACGCUAAGAGCCAAGAGGCUCGAGACGCCCGCGACCGUGCGGAAGACGAAGUCAACCGUCUAGAGGUGGUCAUCUCAUCAUUGCAAAAUGAUCUCGACGCUAAGACCGAAGAGGCCAGAGAGGCCCACGCCCAUGCGGAAGAUGAAUCCAAGCGUCUACAUAUCAUCAUUGGGUCUCUGCAAGACGAGCACGGUGCUAAAGGCGAGGACGUCAAGGAAGCCCGGGACCGCGCGGAGAACGAGGUUCAACGCCUACAGAGCGUCAUUGAAACGCUGCAGAACGAUAGCGAUUCCAGAUCAGAGGAGGUCAGGGGUGCCCGUGACCGUGCAGAGCAAGAGGUGGCUCAACUCGAAGCCGCAAUCCAACAGAUCCGGAUUCAAUCUGAUGCCCGCAUUAAGGAAGCAGAUGAUCAGCGCGCGCAGUCCGACCAGAACGUCACUCGCCUGCAGAAUGAGUUGACUGAACUUGAAGGCGAGAUUGUGCGAGUCACAACUGAACUGACAAUGGCCAAGGCAGAGCUGGAUGGUGCCUAUGGUAGCCGAGCCGAGCGCGCGGCAGAGGUGGCUUCCAACCCUAAUGUCCAAAGGGAGAACGAUGCUCUGGUUACCCGAAAUAUCGAGCUCACCGAAGAACUGGCCUCUCUGAAGAGCCACCGCGGAGGUGCCGAUCUUCAGCAGCGGGCGGAUAACCUUGAAAGAGAACUUCGUGAGAUUAUCGAUGACUACGAAGCCAUGACAAAAGCCAGCAUCGAGUUUGAGAAGGAACGCGAACGCUUCGAAAUUUUCAUUGACACUCUCCGGGAUCGUUGCGAGCAACUCGAGACACAACUAGCGGAAGAACGUAUCAGCUGGAUGAACUUGAGUAGUCCCACAUCUGUUGGCCGCGAUGGCACUUCUGAGACGACAUCUACCAUGGUGCUCAAGAAUGAGUUCAAGAAGAUGAUGCGUGACACACGCAACGAGAACAUGAAGAUACUGAGGGCCGAACAAGAAGAGCGUCGCAGACUUGAAGGGUUGCUGCGAGCCCUAAGAAAGGAGCACGCCCAGGUGACUGGCAAGCCAAUUCCCAGCCCAGGUGGCACUCCAUUAUGA